UCAGCCUUUGAUCAAACCAGAGCAGCGCGAGAGUCGUCGUCGUCAGAGAGAGAGCAAAACCAAAGGCCGGAGAAGAUGAAGACUAUUCUAUCUUCCGAGACGAUGGACAUCCCCGACACCGUAACCAUCAAGGUUCACGCCAAAGUGAUCGAAGUGGAAGGUCCUCGCGGCAAGCUUGUUCGCGAUUUCAAGCAUCUCAACCUCGAUUUCCAGCUGAUCAAGGACCCCGAGACUGGGAAGAAGAAGCUUAAGAUCGACUCGUGGUUCGGGUCUCGCAAAACCAGUGCUUCCAUCAGAACUGCUCUUAGCCACGUUGAUAACCUCAUCUCCGGUGUUACCAGAGGUUUCAGAUACAAGAUGAGGUUUGUGUAUGCUCAUUUUCCCAUCAACGCUUCCAUUGGUGGUGAUGGCAAGUCCAUUGAGAUCCGUAACUUCCUUGGCGAGAAGAAGGUGAGGAAGGUAGAUAUGUUGGAUGGUGUAACCAUUGUUCGAUCUGAGAAGGUGAAGGAUGAGAUUGUUCUUGAUGGUAAUGACAUCGAGCUUGUUUCAAGGUCAUGCGCUUUGAUCAAUCAGAAAUGUCACGUAAAGAAGAAGGAUAUCAGGAAGUUCCUUGACGGUAUCUAUGUCAGCGAGAAGAGCAAGAUCGUCGAAGAGGAAUAGUUUUAUUUGAUCGUCAUCAUAGCUCAAUUUUCUCUAUUUUCAAAUGUUAGUUUUGUUUGAUGGACCAAAUCAUCCGUUGUUGCAAGACUCGGCUUAUCCCUCCUUUGGUUCUCUUUUUUUGUUUGUUCGAGAUUUUAUUUACUUAUUCACAAGUUUUGGAAUCAAGCUAUCAAAUCUUAUUUACCCAAAUCGUUUCGUGUGAA